CCCUUUUUCAGUGGCUCAUCUUGGAGUAUGGAAUGGAUGGUCUGAUUCUAUAGCUGCCCUGUAAGUUCUCUCCUUACUCACUGUUCUUUUAUCAACCUUCCAUACAGUCCUUCACCAUCUAGCUUUUCGUGCACCACCAUUUUUCUACUCCAAGAUUGAAAUUUGGGGCUUUUAAUUAGACAGUUGGCCAUGAAUCUGAUUUGGGUACUGGUAUUGAUGAUUUUCAACAAUGGACAUUUUUCACAAGGAGUUAGUACAAAUACUUCUAAAAGACCUGAAGUAGUUAACAUUGGGUCAAUAAUCACUUUCAAUUCUGCAAUCGGCAAAGUUGCAAAAGUUGCCUUAAAAGCUGCCAUUGAAGAUGUGAAUUCUGACCCUGCAAUUCUUGGAGGAACCAAGCUGAAAGUGACUAUGCUCAACUCCAAUCAUAGUGGAUUUUUGAGUAUCGCUCAGGCUUUAAAGUUCAUGGAGACCGAUACUGUGGCAAUUAUUGGCCCACAGGCUUCUGAUCUAGCUCACGUGAUUUCCCAUAUUGCAAAUGAGCUCCAAGUCCCUCUAUUGUCUUUUUCAGCAACAGACCCGACCUUGUCUUCACUUCAGUAUCCGUUCUUCGUGAGAACAUCACAGAAUGACCUGUUUCAGAUGGCUGCAAUUGCUGACAUUGUUCAGUACUAUGAAUGGAGAGAAGUAAUUGCAAUCUAUGUUGAUGACGAUUAUGGGAGGAAUGGGAUAAGUGCGUUAGCAGACCAACUUGCCAUGAAACGCUGUCAGAUCUCUUACAAAGCACCUUUGACUUCUCAAGCUAGCCAAACUGAGAUCCAAGAUGUCUUGGUUCAGGUUGCUUUAGCAGAGUCUCGGAUUCUUGUUGUUCAUAUGCAUCCCAGUUCGGGUCUAGAUGUGCUUUCCGUGGCACAAUAUCUUGGUAUGACGGGAAGUGGGUAUGUUUGGAUAGCUACAAAUUGGCUCUCUACCAUCCUUGACACUAACUCUCCUCUCCCUCGGGAGACAAUGGACAAAAUCCAAGGACUUAUCACGUUACGUAUUUACACACCAGAUACAAAACUAAAAAGAAACUUUGCUUCUAGGUGGAAAAACUUGACAAUUACAAGUAACCAAACAGCUAAUGGCCCUGUUGGGUUGAGUACUUAUGGUCUGUAUGCCUAUGACACUGUUUGGAUGCUUGCAAAUGCAAUUGAUGCUUUUUUCAAUCAGGGUGGACACAUUUCCUUUUCAAAUGAUUCGAGGUUAAGUGAACUAAAUGGAGGGAAUUUGCAUCUAGAUGCUAUGAGCAUCUUUAAUGGAGGGAAAUUAUUGCUCGACAGCAUUUUAAAGGUCAAUUUCACAGGUUUGACAGGGCCGAUCAGGUUUGAUCCAGACAAGUCACUCAUUCGUCCUGCAUUUGAUGUAAUCAAUGUGAUUGGCUCGGGGGUUAGAAGGGUCGGUUAUUGGUCUAAUUAUUCUGGCUUGUCAGUUGUGCCUCCAGACACACUCUACACAAAACCACCUAACCGGUCUAGUUCAAGUCAACAACUGUAUAGUGUAAUCUGGCCUGGACAAACAGCCCAGAAACCUCGCGGAUGGGUUUUUCCAAACAACGGAAGGCAAUUAAGAAUUGGAGUCCCAAAUCAUGUUAGUUAUCGCGAAUUCGUAGCAAAAGUGCCAGGCACUGAUACGUUCAAAGGGUACUGCAUUGAUGUUUUCACUGCUGCAGUGAACUUGUUGCCUUACGCUGUCCCAUAUAAGUUGAUACCAUUUGGGGAUGGUAUUAAUAACCCGAACUGCACUGAUCUUGUGCGCUUGAUAACAGCGGGUGUCUAUGAUGCUGCAGUAGGUGACAUUGCGAUCAUCACUGACCGUACAAGGAUGGCGGAUUUUACACAGCCAUAUAUUGAGUCUGGGCUAGUCGUGGUGGCACCAGUUAGGAGAUUGAACUCUAAUGGUUGGGCUUUCUUGAGGCCAUUCACUCCGAUGAUGUGGUCUGUCACUGCUGUUUUUUUCCUAGCCGUGGGAGUGGUUAUUUGGAUUUUGGAGCAUAGAAUCAAUGAUGAAUUCCGCGGCCCUCCUAGGAAACAAUUCACCACUAUUCUAUGGUUUAGCUUUUCAACUAUGUUCUUUUCCCACAGGGAAACAACAAUGAGCAGUCUCGGUCGCUUCGUGCUUAUCAUAUGGCUAUUUGUGGUUCUGAUAAUCAAUUCCAGUUACACUGCAAGUCUGACCUCAAUCCUCACAGUGCAGCAACUUUCUUCCCCCGUUGAUGGAAUUGAGAGUUUAAUAAUGAGCAAUGAACCCAUCGGCUACCAACAGGGUUCAUUCUCAGGAAAUUAUCUCACCAGUGAGUAUGGCAUUCAUGAGUCUAGACUCAUUCCACUUAAUUCGCCAGAAGACUAUGAUGAAGCCUUGAAAAAGGGUCCCAACAAGAAGGGUGGCGUUGCUGCGGUGGUUGAUGAGCGAGCAUAUCUAGAAAUCUUCCUCUCAACUCGUUGUGAAUACAGUAUUGUAGGUCCUCAAUUUACCAAAAGUGGAUGGGGAUUUGCCUUUCCACGGGACUCGCCUUUAGCGGUUGACAUGUCAACCGCAAUCCUGAAACUGUCAGAAAACGGGGAACUCCAACGAAUACACGACAAAUGGCUGAUGGGAAGUGCCUGCAGUUUACAAGGCGCAACGCUUCAAGUGGACCGGCUUCAACUUGGAAGCUUUUCAGGCCUCUUUCUUAUAUGCGGAUUAGCUUGCUCGCUCGCUCUCCUUGUGUAUUUUGUGUUGAUGGUUCGCCAAUAUAGCCGCCAUUAUGUUGAUAAGGCAGCAGAAUCUUCUAACAGAAGCUCGCCAUCAGCGCAUCUUCAAACGUUCCUUACAUUUGUUGACGAAAAGGAAGAGGAAGUGAUAAAACGGUCCAAGAGAAGGCAGUUGGAGAAGGAUUCAAAUAGAAGCAAUGGUGAGGAUGAACCGACAAUUGUUUCCAACAUUAGUCAUGCGGAAACGAGCUCAAACAUAAGUACUGUCAGUUUUGCUUCUGGAGUCUAGUUCAUGUAUAUAUCUCACCCUGAACCAAGUUAUACAAGUUGUUUCUUCUUGUGUUUUUUAAUAAUCAAUUUGUAAUAUAAUUGGUUUUUGAAUUUAUUGGGAAGUGUGCUUUUGUAUUUCAGCAUAUGUUCAAAUUCCAUGGUGGUCCUCUGGGAAGGGCCUCGAACUUUUGUACUGUUCGUAACUGAAAAAUCAUGGUGGUCCUCUUAUGGAAGUGCCUUUUGGUAACUACUAGGUAUUUCAUGUAUA